CAACUACCAAAGUCGCUCAACAUUCCCUUGUUUAUACCGUGUACCUUUGUUGAGCGGUAUUUAUCUCUUUCUCCUGAAUAUGUGAAAUAUAAACAACGCUGGAUUAUAAUCACUCUUUGCACGAGUUUCUCCAGAGCUUUGUUUUUUGUUUCAUUAUAAAUCCUGCGGUCUCUAACGCUACAGGAGCUAACUGUGGCUAACGGCUAGCUGAGUGUUUUUGUGUUGAUUCAAAGCUGCAGAUCUUUCUCUGCCAUGACGUCAGCCUCUGCUAAGGUUGGGGAAAUCUUCUCUGCAGCUGGAGCCGCCUUCAGUAAACUGGGAGAGCUGACCAUGCAGCUGCACCCAGUGUCAGACUCCAGUCCUGCAGGAGCGAAGUGGACGGAGACGGAGAUCGAGUUGCUGCGAGUCGCCGUGCGUCGCUUCGGAGACGACCUGAACAACAUCAGCACGGUGAUCAAAGAGCGCACCGUCGCUCAGAUUAAGAGCACGGUGAAGAGGAAGCUGUACGAGGACAGCCGUGUCCCCAUCGAGUCGCCCAAGAAGACCACGAAGAAGGCCGCCGCUGUCGCCUUGACGACGCCCGCCACCACGCCCAACCCCCCAGCCAUGAUUGCCAUGCCGACGUCGCAGGUCGUCGUGGCGACGGGCAUGCAGAACAGCCCCUCCCUGGCCCCGCCCCUCAAGAAGCAGAAGACCGGAGAUGUGACCCUCAGCGCUCUGAACGACUCGGACGUCAACAGCGACCUCGUGGACAUCGAAGGACUCGGAGACUCCAACAAACAGAAACUCAACUUCGACCAAGAGAGUCUGAAUCUGGACUCCAGCCUCAUCAUGAACUCCAGCGACCUCCCACUGCUGUCCCGCUGAACUCUGUCCUCCCUGUGCCCUCCCGGUGUCCUCCCGCUGUCCUCCCUGUUUGUUUUUACAUUUAGAGUAAAAGCCGUGAGGACGAAUCCUCCGCAGCACCGAAUCUAAAACAGCCUCUUGUCCUUUAUAUGUUUUGUGAAGGCAGCGGGCUCGUCCUCUUUCAGACCGUUUCAGUUUUCCUUUGUUGUUUUUUGUGUGACAGAAUUAUGCUUUGCUCCGUUUGUGCUGAGUGUUGAUCAUGUCGAGCAGUGCUCAGAUAACACUGAGUUGUGAAUAAAUAUCGGGCCGUGAAGUUGAACAUCCGUGCUCUUUUUAGUGCUUCAGAAUAAGACCAGUCUGUGGACCUGCUUUACGUUUAUGUUCUGAAUUUCAGUGAAGGUAUUUCCAGAAUCGGACGGAGAAAUAUUGUUUGGUUGUUACAGAAAACAUCAUGAGAUCUUCAAUCAACUUUUAUGUUCUACCAUAACCCCUCAUCAGUAUUUAGAGUCUCUACUGGGACAUGUCUCCAUGCUCUGUGUCUCUACUGGGACAUGUCUCCAUGCUCUGUGUCUCUACUGGGACAUGUCUCCAUGCUCUCUGUCUCUACUGGGACAUGUCUCCAUGCUCUGUGUCUCUACUGGGACAUGUCUCCAUGCUCUGUGUCUCUACUGGGACAUGUCUCCAUGCUCUGUGUCUCUACUGGGACAUGUCUCCAUGCUCUGUGUCUCUACUGGGACAUGUCUCCAUGCUUUAUUCUCUCAUACUGCCUGUGCUGCUGCCCCCUCUUUUCACCCUCUGUCUGAAACCAGAGCCCAGUCUGCUCUGAUUGGUUAGCUGGCUGGCUCUGUUGUGAUUGGCCAACAGCUUAGAGAUGUCCCGCCUCUUAGCCUAUCACGUACAAUGUGUUGGAGCGCUAGCCAAUAAGAGCGCGGGUGUUUCGUAGGGAUGUCACUAUGUUCUGGAAGUAAACAAAAGGGGGGGCGGUGAGUGGGAGAGAAGUCAGGUUUGAAUUAAAAAAAAAGGAAUGUGGGGAACGGGUUAAAGACCCUCUUUAAUCUGCAGGAAAUCAAAUAUCUUUCCUCCCGACAUUUAAAAAGUGUCGUUAGAGAUUCUGGAAAUAUCUUUUUGAAAACAUCACCAGGUGUUUAAAGACUGCGACUCAAAUGUAAAUGCUUUAAGUGAAUCUAAAUCUGUCAUGAAUCAGUGAUCCUGUCAAGCACAGACACAGAGGGGUCAGAGUCAGUUCCCAAACAGAAUCCACGGUUCCCCGGAGCCGAGUCUUCAGGGAAUCGUUUCAGAAGCUGACGGAUCCACGUCUUCCACCCGUCAGAGUUCCUGAUCACGAUGGUUUCAGAGAGACGUGGGAGCUGUGGUUAGAUUAUGUGAAGCAAUAAAAAAAGGAACUC